AUGGUCGAGCUUUCGGUGAUGGAUCUCAGUGCGAGGUGGUUGCAGCCCGUGUUGCGCUGGAGAAUCAAAAUACUGUUGUGGACAGCAGCUCCAGGAUGUUGUCGGGAACUUGGCUUUCGGAAGGAUGCGAGAACAGGCCUGGACCGGAAUACGUUCUCAGAUCGUACACUUUCAAACCGGAUGGAAGUUACCGCUUCAUCCAGCAUCAUUACUGGGAUGACUCCUGCUCCACGCCGAAGCUCACCAUUGUCUCUGUCGGUCUGUUGCGCAUGAAGAAGGGAUCCAUGUUCCACGGUGAUUCUUCCGUCGGCUUCAUAAGACCCAUCAACAUCUCCAUCAUACCGCAAGAUAUUCGUGCUACCAAAGAACUUGACGAUUUGGUUGCUCACGAGUGUCCAGAUCAAAACUGGAAAGCUUGGAGGAGAUACGAUGAGCAUUUGGUAUACGAAAACAACAAUUUCUUCAAGCAAACCCAUUACCAAUCCAGGGAACAGUACACGGGAAACUCGAUAAGCGGUCGUCAGAUGUCUCAAAGUUCCGGAGACAUAAGUUGCCUAGGAUCACUAAAAUGGGCCUUCAACGAGCUUAAGUUAAUCAAGAUCCAACUGCGACCAAUCUUCAUGAAUUCCUUGGACAAAAAGAAGCCGAGAAACUACCGCUUCGAACUCCUCCUUGGUGACAUACACUCAAGAACGGAGCACCGCGAAAACUACUCUCCAACAUCGUACCAACAACCGUUGAUCAAUCACAUCCCCGACGGUUCAAUCGUCAAUGUUAACAGCAAAAAUUACACGAUCAAGAAUAACUGCAACAUUUGCGCAAAUUUGUUUUCGAGCAGUAAAACUCCUCCGCAUCUCUUCGAGAAACCUCAUCUACCACCGUUUAUUUGGGGCGAAUGGACUUCCACGCGUUGCGAGAUUAGACCUAUGGGAUUGUACUUAACGCGUAAAUUCAACUUCUUUAUAAGUAAUUCCGAAUGGGUCGCGGAUCAUAAAUUCUAUGAUGAUCCGUUUUGCACCAUACCGAAAUUCGUCGCAAGCGUUUCAGGACAUUUUUCUCUAUCGGCAAAGAACACCGUAAUACCUGCAAGCACCAACAUCGAUUUGAUAUUGGAGAAUGCCAGUUUGAUUAUACACAGUCGUCGGAUGGUGCGUGAGAUGAAUCUGCUGAAGACUUGCGGUCCGUACAAUUGGAAACUGGGGCAAGCUCAGGAUCUGAGUUCGACAAGAGGAUGCGCACAGUUGGGAAUUUUGGUACCUUCUGUGCAUUACGACAUCGUCAAAGUGGAGAUCAAUUACGAAGGAAAUUGUCUUUUGUAUUUGGGACAAUUCGAUACUGACAAUAUGCCUACAACAAAUGCGGAUAGACCUUCCGCUUUCCAAGAGCCUUUGGUUAAGUGCGGAGAAGCUCCCAACUUCAUAGGCGAAGAAGACGAGUAUUACGACGAUUUAAUGAUGUACAAUUCAAGCAUUCAAACUCAAAACCUAAUACACAUAUUGAUCAUGUCUAUAGCAUUAAUUAAACUACUUUAG